GAACUCAGGGAGUAGUUAAUUAAGACAACCAUCUUCACCACCAAUAAUUUUUUCCUUUUAAAAAAAAGGAGAUGUCUUUUCUUUCCCAUUUGCAUUCUUGAGAAUGAGACGAAGACAUCUGGCCCUCUUUCCAUCUCUCUCUCUCUCCGGCAAACACACUCACACAGUAGUUGCCUCUCCUUGUCGUCUCAUUCAUUGGUGACCUUUGAGCCAACAGCGGAAGAAUAGGUCUUGGGUUGGGUUUCCCCAAACACCAAGUGUAGUGAGUAGAGAGAGAGAGACACAUAUUCCAACCUGCCGAAUUUGGUAAAAGCAAUAAAUUCCCACGCAACCAGUAUCAUCUCUGGUUUCCUCUUUGUAUCCCUUUAUCAUUUUCUCCGACGGGCCCCCUGCCCCUGGCCUUUAUCAUCUCUCUCUCUCUCUAAAAAACAAACUGGAUCUGGUAAUGCAUAAUCAAACGAUGGCGCCUUAACGAGGCGGUGCGUGUCUCCCUUUAGUAUCGGAGCAUAUCCCUUUUUCUCGUUUCCUUUACUCUCGCUUUGCUGUCAUUUAGGGUUUUUCUUUAGUUCCCAUAUUCCCCUCUAAAAAUGGCAAAAUGCCGCCUUUCCCUCUCUCUCCUAACCGCCACGAGCCAUUUCUAGAAACCCUUUUCCCCUUCAAUCCAUUUCUUUGUAUGCUGGUUUAUUCCGUGUCUUCUUAACAAAACUAAAUGGCUAGAGAGAAGAUUCAGAUCAAGAAAAUCGACAACGUCACAGCACGCCAGGUCACCUUCUCUAAGAGAAGAAGAGGCCUUUUCAAGAAGGCUGAAGAGCUCUCCGUUCUCUGCGACGCCGAUGUCGCCCUCAUCAUCUUCUCCUCCACCGGAAAGCUUUUCGAAUAUGCCAGCUCCAGCAUGAAGGAGAUACUCGGAAGGCAUAAUUUGCACUCGAAGAACCUUAACAAGUUGGAGCAGCCAUCCCUCGAGCUGCAGCUAGUAGAGGAUAGCAACCACGCCAGGCUAAACAAAGAAGUGGCUGAGAGAACCCAUCAGCUUAGGCGCAUGAGAGGAGAAGAACUUCAAGGAUUAAGUAUUCAAGAGCUGCAGCAGCUGGAGAAGUCACUUGAAGUUGGCCUAGGCCGUGUCAUUGAGAAGAAGGGUGAGAAAAUCUUGAAUGAGAUCAGUCAACUUCAAGAAAAGGGAAUGCAGCUCAUUGAAGAAAACAAACGUCUACGACUGCAGGUGUUAGAUUUAUCAAAUAAUGGGGUAAAGAGAGUGACGAUAACUGCUGAGUCAGAUACUAUAAUGUAUGAGGAAGGGCAGUCGUCGGAGUCCGUCACCAACGCCGGCAACUCCACCGGCCCUCCACAAGAUUAUGACAGCUCGGAUACAUCUCUUAAGCUUGGGCUGCCUUACACUGGGUGAUGAAGAAACUUAAGGAGCGAGGUAGCUCAACGUCAAAGACUUGGUGCCUAAUUUACUGAACCAUAACACUUUCUAGUGGAAUUUUAAAGCUAACUCCGACUGCAUGCACAGAGCAAUGUAGACUCUUAAUUAUAUUCUUCUAUGUUUGUUGUAUAUCCUAUUCCUAUAUAUAAGUAUCUACCUACAAAUACAUUUAAUUCUCUA